GUUCGAUAAGCAGUGUAAUGUUAUUUUCCGAUUUGUUAGAGGCCGGUUCGUGCACGACGUUGACCCGGAGUUGCUCAAGAUUGCAUUUAUACAGAAAACCAUAUCUGGAAUCUCGUGGCAAAUGAAACUAAACGAAAGUGGUUGAUAGUGUUAAGAUCAUUCAUAAUUCAUGAAUCGAUGGGAAUGUUAUUAUCUAGUAUGCGCACGUGCGACGUACCCUAAUCUUUAGAACGAUUGUGGGGUUCGUUGAUAAGGAAGUAUGGCAUUAAACGCGAACACAAAAUUUCUUACCGUAGAUAUCUAAUGAAAGUAAAAAAAUGAAUAAGCUGAAUAAUAUACCGCUGGACGUGGAUCUGGAUGAUCCUAGAUUCAGGAUCAAACCGUACCAGCAAAUUGUCGCCUCGUGCACCGGUGCAGUCAUCACGUCUCUCAUUGUUACACCUUUGGAUGUGGUCAAGAUUCGACUUCAAACGCAGCAAAAAGCUAUGCUUUCUAACAAGUGUUUCCUUUAUUGCAAUGGUUUGAUGGAUCAUUUGUGUCCGUGUCUGAAUGGGAAAGGGCCACCGUGGGCGAAGGGAAACGGAAAAUUUACUGGCACGGUGGAUGCGUUGAUGAAAAUUAGCAGAAACGAAGGAAUCCUUUCCUUAUGGAGUGGUCUGAGUCCUACUCUGGUCCUAGCAGUACCUGCAACUAUAGUAUAUUUCGUUUCGUACGAACAAUUAAGGUUGUACUUUAAGGAUACAUAUAAUAGACAAUUAGGGAAUGUAAUGGUUAGACCCGUAACGGAGCAACCGUUCUGGAUUCCCAUGGUGGCUGGAGCCAUAGCUCGUAUCUGGGCUGCAUCUCUAGUAAGCCCGUUAGAAUUAAUUAGGACUAAAAUGCAAUCGCAGAAAUUAAGUUAUCCAGAAAUUAUGCAAGCGUUGAAAACCGUUAUGAAAAAUAAUGGUAUUUUUGGGUUAUGGAUGGGUUUAAGUAGCACUCUUUUACGUGACGUACCUUUUAGUGCAAUUUACUGGUUAAAUUACGAAACUAUUAAACAAAACUUUGGUGGAUCUAAUCAAUCUUUUACUUUCAAUCUCGCGGCUGGUGCUAUGGCCGGAUCUAUGGCAGCAUUUUUUACGAUCCCCUUCGACGUUGUAAAAACUCACACGCAGAUAGAAAUGGGCGAAAAAGAAAUCUAUUCAGAUAAACCCGGGCACAGCGGCGGAACUUGGAACACGAUUAGAAAAAUUUACUGUCAAAAUGGGGUAAGGGGGCUGUUCACGGGAUUAAUUCCAAGAAUAGUGAAAGUUGCUCCGGCCUGCGCCAUUAUGAUUGCAACUUUCGAGCAUGGGAAACGAUUUUUCCAAAUCCACAACGCCGCUGUAAUAUUAGAACAUGAACACAACAUGCAGUAUUUACAACAUAAGCAAAAUAGUAACAAAUGACAUGUGAAUCGCUCUAAAUACUAUAGAAUAUUAUAUUUAAGC